AUGUACGGAGAGGAACGAAAAGCAGUUACGAAUAUCUUAGGCCGGUCAUUCUUAGGGAGGGGUCCAGAUACUCAAGGAAGGGUUUAUGCUAAUUUUCUGACAGAGGAAAGACUAGAGAAAAUCGGUAAGAAAUUCUGGACUAAACUCUGGGAUAGAUUCUCUACAUUUGGUACACUAUCAGCAGGGGUGAUUGGUGUCAUAUCUUUAAUUCAGUUGGUAAAAUGGAUCUUGGACUCAAUUCUUAAAGACAUAUAUGGAUGGAGUUUUACCCUUCUUGCUGCAGUGUGGAAUAGUCUUACGAUGUUCUUGAUUCAUCAUGCUCAACACAAAAACCCUAAGAGUUCUCAAGAUGAGUUGGAUGUUGUUUGUAUAGCAGACUCUGGUCCAAAUACUUCGCAUCUUAAGGCAACAUACCCUUCAACAGUCUACAGCACUCUUCAGAAAGAGCUUGAGGAAGUUAAUCCUACUGCACCAAUAGAUAGUUACUCCACUAGUAUAUUUAAUACUCCGUAA